AUGGCUUUGAACAACGACAUAGAGAGAAUUCUGUGGAACGAGGAAGAACUCUCUCAGCGAGUUUCUGAAUUGGCCUCUCAGAUUACCCAAGACUUCAGUGACACAGUCUCUUCUUCGGCUCCGGUCGUCGUCGGAGUCGCCACCGGUGCAUUUAUAUUCCUGGCGGACCUCGUCAGGAAGAUCAAGUUGCCAAUUACUGUUGAUUUCGUUCGAGCCGAAUCGUACGGCUUUGGAACAGAAUCCAAUGGGGAUCCCAGGAUUUCAUGUGAUUUGAAGAUUGACAUUCAGGGCAAGCAUGUGAUUUUGGUAUGGAUUUUGGAAGCCCGACUCUAG